GGGCAGAGAGGAGCGGCGGGGCGGAGCGACCCGGUCACCAAGCCGCCCGGCGGGGGCGGAGCGAGCGCCGCAGACCUGGGACCCGCGUUUGAUCGCGCAGUUCUCACGGCCUGGUUUAGGCGGACCGCGGAGCAGACCCCCGGCCGCGAUCCCCAUGGGGCUGUGUUUUCCCUGUCCCACCGAGGCCGCGCCUCCCUCGCCGGACCUGGAAGAAAAAAGAGCAAAGCUUGCAGAGGCUGCGGAGAGAAGACAGAAGGAGGCUGCAUCUCGGGGUAUUCUGAAUGUUCGGUCUGUGGAAGAAAAGAGAAAGAAAAAGGAAAAAAUAGAAAAAGAAAUGGCUACAUCUGGACCCCCACCAGAAGGUGGACUUAGAUGGACAGUUUCAUAAAGCACAGCAUGAAUGGAAGAGUCUACUGCCAGUAACUAAUAUCUACAAUCAAGUGGACAUCCUCAAUUUAAUUUCUUCUCUUUGAAUAAAUGAAGAUUCAGACUUUGUAAUUUUAGUGCUCUCAAGUGCAGUGCUUUUUCAAAAUUGAAUACUGAAAAUGCUUUUGAUUGUGAGAGUUAGAAAAUGGCCAGACCUUUCAUUAAAUUCUUAUUUUCCCUGCCUUUGCUCUUCUGUAGAUGGUGGGUGAUUUGCCACUUUUUAGUAGUUAAAACAUGGACCUAAAUAGUGAAUAUAUAUUUGUAUAUUGCAUGGAAAAAUUCUGCAUAUGUCUCAGAUAUUUAAAGUUGCACUUGCAUUUUCCCUCCUUUAUGAAAUGAUCUAGCUCUUUAUAAUUUGCUGCAUAACCUUAUAUCUCAUUAUUUCAUUAUAUGUGAAGACUUUAGCUUAAACUUGUGGACUUAGUGCCUUUUAAACUGAUCAUCAGGGAAAAUCUUGAAAAAUCAUUUGAAGGGCUUAUAUGAAGGAACACUGUAAAUUUUUAUAACUUACUAAGAAAUGAAUAUUUAUUUCUAGAGAACAUAAAAUAUCUCCUAAUUUCUAUUUCUGUAGCUUAUAAAAUUAACAUACUCUCUUUAUAAUAAAGUUUUUUUUUUGCUUGCUGAAUUUAAAAUUAUAUAUUAGUGAUGCCAUCAGAGGGCAGCGAUGUACAAUAUACAGUAUUGGAUUCAACUCUAUAAAGAUUUUUGCAGUAAUUGAAUGAAUUAAAUUAAGAAUGGAUGGGUUAUACUUAGUGUGAAUGUGUUUGUCCAAAUUUUAUAGGUGUUUUUAUUUUUUAUUUAUUAAAGAAUGCUUACAAGAUUUUUACAGAUGUGAAAUUGCCAAGGCCAGUAUGAAUGUAUGAAAGAAGUAUGUAAGUAUUGUAUUUAAAAAGGUCUACUUUAAACAUAAAAAUAUUGCAGGGUAAUUCUGUGUGAUGCAUUGCCAUAAACUUUUUUAGAUUUUUGUUCACUGGUAAUAUUUAUUAUAACAAUUUUAGUUUUUUGAGUUUCUUGAUAUAUAAUAAGCUAAAACAGAAGAAUUACUAUAUGUUUUAAUUUGGUUGCUCUUUUGGAUGACAAGGCCACGGUCUGAGCCCUAAAUUACAAUUUUCAGGUAUUAAAUGAAAUAAGGAUUGUAAAUUAAAGAGACCAACUCACCUAACCUACAGAAAGGAAACUGAACUACUAUCUCGCUCAUCCCUCCCACAAAUCUUGUGUUAUAUUGCAGUAUAUGAUGUAUUUUAAAGACUUUGAACUAUAAUAUAGAUCUCUUGACUCCUCAAUUGGAAAACAUCACUUUCUUUGAUUAUGGAAUGAAAUAUUCUGUGACUAUCCAGGCAAGAUAUGUAGUUAUAGACAGGUUCAAUUUUCUUUAUCCUUUAGAGAAUUGGUGGUAUGUUUGUUCAGAAAGGAUAGUGAAGUCAUUGGAUUGUAUUUUAGAAAUAAAAUUCUUGACUCUAUGAACAUGAUUAAUUUUUUUCAAGGCAGAAAGGAGAAAAGAACAUUAAUAGAUGAAUGGGUAUGGAACCAGAAUAUACCAUUCCUAGAAUGUGUGCAUCCUUCCUUCUGUUUUAAUAUAGAAAAGACAGUUUUAUCAGUGUUACAGCUUAUAGUUGGGGUUAGUGUAGACAAAAGGCUUACAUCUUGGGGAUAAUGCCCUAUUUCUAAUAGCAGUUUAUAUCCAAAUACCAUGCUUAUUUACUGUUGAACCAAGAAUGCUGUGCUGGCGAAUUGCCUUCUAGUAACAGUGGAUAUGCCCUUCCAGUCAACCAUGGCCUGCCUCCUUGGGUGUAAUUGACUGUCCCCAGAACCACAUGGGUUGCAUGGCUUUUAAGGGGUGAUACUCAUGUUAGGAAUAGUGUUAGGAAGGAGAAGGAAAAAGGGGAGACUGGAUGCCUGAUAGGAAACCAGUAAGUGACUACUUAAAAAAAAAUGUACACACGCACACACAUUCUCAAGGAAUCUUCCUCAAAGUUAUAAAUCAGUUUCUGAUGAAACCUUAGCUUAGAGCCAAUUUCCCAUAAUUGAUAAUUUAAAUAGGAAAGCAUUAUAAUUCUCAAUAUGUCACCUAAACUCCCCAACCAAAUUACUAAAAUAAAACUAUAAACAGUAAAAUGCU